AUGCUCUCUGCGGAGGGCGGGCCUGCCCUCCGGGGGUCUCUGCCCGGGGCCUUGAGGGGAGGAUUCGGGGGUCCCAGGCAGCCCCCCAUACCUGAUGCCACCCUUGCCGCCUACACCAAGGUGGUGGUGGUGGGCAAGGAUGAGUUCCAGCUGCAGCUGGUGGACAUGGCUGGGCAGGUAAUGCUGGGGCAAACACCAUCCUGCAUCACUGACAUCCAUGGCCACGUCCUGGUUUACUUGGUGACAUCCUUGCACAGCUUCCAGGCGGUCACAACCCUCCACAAAAAGCUGUACAAGAGCUGGGGGAAGACCCGAUAGGUGCUCAUGCCCGUGGUGCUGGUGGGGAGCAAGGCAGACCUGGCCCUGCAGGGGGAAGGGGGGACAGAUGAAGGGAAGAAGCUGGCGGAGUCAUUGGGAGCCAUUUUCCUCAAGUCCUCAGCCAAGGAGAGCCAGGUGACCACAUGUCCUGGGACCACCAUUUAGAAGUUCUCUGCCAAACUAAACCAGGACCCCAUGGGAGAUCUUCAUGAAGCUCAUUGAGGUUGACCGAAUGGACGAUUCCUCCGGCAGAUCCACAGCUGCUGCCUGAUGUGAUCCCUGGGAUGGGGCAGGAUCCCUGGAUGCAUCAGACCCUUCCCCAGGCUUUGGGGAAGCCACAUGGUCCUGCUGUGGUUUGGAACCCCUCAUUUUGCACAGGCUGUGGGGCUCACAGGGGGCUGGGGGCUCUGUCCCAGCCGGGAGCCCCCCAGCUCAUCCCUGCUGUCCCCAGCAUGCACAAGGACAGGUCGGGGCCAUUCCUGCUCUGGCAGCCAGGGCUCAAUGUGGGUGUUGUUCCCAGCGCGGGGCCGCAGUCCGGCUGGGCUGGACCCGUGGGAGUCGGGGCUGAAACAAUUAAACUUUGUUUUGUCUGUAAACCCCUGCACUGGGGGGGCUGUUCCUUGCUGGGGGGAGGCAGCAUGUGAGGCUCCCUCCAACAGCCCAGCAUGGGGGUCCCUCCAGCUCUGGCUGUGCUGUGGGGCUGAGCACCCCAGGGCCUCACUGGGACCCUUGGGGGCUUCUUCAGCCCUGUCCCCUCCAUUCUCUCCCUGAAAACUUCAGCUCCCACUCUGAGCGUGUGGGGGGGCUCUGGCUGCGGUUCCCCUUGUGGCUUAUCUCCACCCAGUUGGACUAAUUAUUGCUAAUUGCUCAAUUAUGGUGGUAAAGAGGAGCAGGAGCU